AUCAUUAUUCAUUUUCUUUCUUGAAUCUCAUCCACCACCCCUAACUUCGACUACAGGCUGUUCAUCAUCUCCGUCACACGGAUGAUGGCAGCAUCGUAGAAGAAAUUAUGGACCAAACACCAACUCCUUCAUCAACCAUAACUGCAGAUUCUUCCCUCUCAUCUCAACCUCUUCAUUCUUCUUCCCCAAACAACAACAACAACAACAACAACAACAAUCAUAUUCUCGAAAUCACCCUCAUUUCUGCUCAAGAUCUAUCUCCCGUCUGUAAAUCCCUUCGCACCUACGCGUUAACUUGGGUUAAUCCCAAUCGUAAACGCACAACUCGUAUUGAUAAUCAUGGUCACAAUAACCCCAAUUGGAAUGAUAAGUUCUCUUUUCGCGUAGACGAUGAAUUCCUCAUCUCCGAUUCAUCAGCUAUCCAUGUUGAAAUUUAUACUGUUUCAUGGUUUCGUGAUAUUCUUGUAGGUACUGUUAAAGUUAUCCUCAACAAUCUCGUAAAUCCUUUCGAAAAUACCAGCAAUUCGAGUAAGAAAUUUGUAGCUCUUCAAAUACGUCGACCUUCUGGUAACCCACAAGGAAUACUGAAUAUGGGUGUUUCGCUAAUUGACAAAUCGAAACGGAGUAUGCCGUUGUUCAGUGAAAUUACACCAUUGUCGAUGGAUCAUAGAGAUAUUUUAGACAGGAAAAUAAAUGAUAUCAAUGCUCAAGAUGAAAUGAUCAACAAUAACCACAACGAUACAGAUGAGAAGUUGCAAAUUACCAACAAAGUUCAGAUCUGGCAAUCACAUAACCUAGCUUAUUCCGAGAUCAACAAUGGAGAAUUUCCAAAUCAAGCAGGGUCGAUAGUAAACGGGUCAGAACUAUGCUCUGACAUUGGUCCGUCUGCAUCCAUUGUGGCAGCGGAGACUGCAAAGAAAUUGCAGCCAAUGCUGCCACAACGGGUAGCAUCAAAUAGGGAAAAUGAAGACGGAGAGAGUUCGAUAUUGGGGGAGUUGACAGCAGAGGAAGCAUACGCGAAAGGAUUGGAAGAAACUAAACGAGGAAGAGGAGGACAUACACGAAGGAAUACAGACGGAGGAUUGUAUUCGUGUUUUGGAAAUGCAUAUUGUUUCGAGUUCACAAUUGUAUGUGGAGCGGGCAAUAAUAACAAUAACAAUAACAAUAAUCAAGGGAAUCGUAGAGUUAAUAACAGUAAUAGUAGUACUGGCAAGAGCAGAAAGAAAACAAAUUCUGCUUAAAUAUUAAUGUACGUGCCCCUUUUUGUAUACUAAACUAUACUAUGAAAUAAGGUGUAACAAGUAAAUAGCCUAAAAAGUGAACAAAUUGCUAAAAGAAAAUGCAAUUAAUAUAUAUUUGUUCAUGUUCUCUCUAAGACUGAUAUUAUUGUAGUCACACACAUUUUUCAGUCCUUAGAUAAUAUCACACAUUGUAUUGGUACGGCAUGAAUGAAGUGGAGGCUUGCCUUUGAAGUCUUGUGUGAUAAAAAACUAGCGCCAAAAUUUAAGGGUAAGUUCUAUAAAGUGGUGGUUAGACCGGUAUUGUUGUAUGGGGAGAAGUUUUAGCUGAUCAGAGAUUCUCAUGUACAAAAGAUGCAUGUUGCGGAGAUAAAGAUGUUGAGGUGGAUGUAUGUCAUACUAGGAGCAGCAAUAAGAUUAGAAAUGAGGAUGAUAUCAAGGAUAAGAUGGGAGUGGGAUCUGUGGUAGACAAGAUGAAGGAAACGAGACUGAGAUGGUUUGGACAUGUUGAGAGGAUAUGUGUAGAUGCAUCAGUGAAGAGGUGUGAUUGGUUGGUUAUAGAAGGUAAUAGAGGCACAGGUAGACCGAAGAAGUAUUGGGGAAAGGUGAUAAGAGAAGAUAUGACACUAUGUUGUUUAUUGUGUUUUGAUUAUCACGAUAUGUUAUUGUUUUUGGCUCCUUUCUGAUA